AUGUAUGUUGCAUGGCAGUUACAAUGUAACACCGGCCCCUUUUCAUUGUGUUAACGCUUGGUUGAGAUAGUCAUGGAUGAAGAAAGCGGAAUGAGUACAUCCAAGUCUCUGCAGCCAGCAGCUGAGGGAAUGCAUAGAACAACAGGGGCUCUGGUACGACCGUCUGUCCUUGAUGAGAUGCAAGCUUUGAGGGCACAAAUUAGCACUCAAGCCUGGAGUAUCGAUUCACUGAGCAAAACACUGAGUGCUCUACAGACUGAAAGCAACCAAAAUACAGCUGCAAUCGCACAAAUUCAAGCUGAGUUGUUCAACCUCGCCAAACACCUUUCUGGUCAACGGCUGGAGGAGCGCUUCGAGGCCCUUCACUGUGAGGUGUCCUCCGAGCUCCACUACCUGCGCAGCCUGCUGCUUCCCUCCUCCUCCCCUGGGCCUUCCUCUGUCUGCCUGCCGUCAAGCUCCAAACCAUACCCUGUAAACAACCAGAGCCAGGCUGGUCUCAGCCACCUUGCCCAGGAACUCUAUCACAGACGGAUUCUUUGGGAGCAGAUAGGAGAGCUGAGGAAGGAGAUGCACGACAUCCAGUACCAGCUCAAUUAUCAAAGAGAGGAUGUGCAACGGAAACUGACUGAGAGGUGUUACAAUGACAGAUGCAUGGAGAGUGUGAUUAGCUGCUGUAUGGAGAAAGAUGACACACUGCACAGAUCACAGAAUGGGGCUGAUAUUUCACAACUACAGAAGUCACUUCAGAAGAUAACCAUAUCCAAGGGGAAGGCUCCUAUUAAACCUAGACGGGUGUUCAAACCUAUAACAACCUCAGACUCCGAUGACAGUUCUACUCAUCUUGCAGUGAUGUCAUUGAACAUAAAAAAGGAAAUGAUCCCAACAGCUCGCAGGAAAUAGAGCACUGGAUUCCACGUAUAUCACAGGUCCAACUGAAAUACUCCAACAUAAGAAACAUGCAGUAAAUAUCUGGAGAAAAGAUUUUGCCUUUUGAU